AUGUAAGACGCUUAAUUUUUAAAUUACCAAGUUGAAGCAGAGCCAAAUAUUUAACCAAUUAGAUCAAUAAAAAUUCAAUAGAAUAAAGGCUUAAUGAUGAUUUUUUCAUCUGAUUCAGAAAUUUUAGAAAAUGAUCUGAGAGUUGAUAACUCUCAAUAUUACAGAAAAUAAUUUUAGGAGAGUUAUUCCCUGUUCACCACUAAGAAUUCACUUUCAGGGAAAUUGAAAACAUUGACUCAGCCGAGCAAUUCUGUAACUUCCAAGGCAAAACUAGCAUCAAUUCGAAAAAUUAAAUCGUUCAGACUUGAUGAAGACACAUAGAGCCAGGACGAGGAAGAAAGCCUGCCUAAGGAGUUUAUGAAAGUUAAUUUUCAGUUUAGACAAGACCUAAUAAUUAAUGUUUAAAAAAUCCUUGAAUAAAAGAAAUGA